AUGGAAGGAGGUAUAGCUAUGGUGGUUCUCCCAACAUGACCCUUAAGAACCAGUUCGACACGACCAUUACCAUCGAGCACAUCCAAGAUGUGCCUUCCAACAGCGGAUAUUUGUUUGCGAAAUUGAAGCUGUCAAACGGGAAAUUCCGGGGUCAGACAGCUACGAAAAAGAUUGUAAAUCACAAGGUAGACUGGCACGAGACAUUUGAACUGCAGUGUUCAAUUAGGAGCGAUAAUGGCCGGUUAACAGACAAGAAUCUUACUAUUUCAGUCAGAAAGGAAGUAAACGGUGGAAAAGAUUCUGAAAAGUUGGGAUAUUUCGACAUAAACCUAGCGGAGCGAGCCUCCUACAAUACUCCUUGUCAAGGCCGGUACAUCCUCAAAGUGAACAAAAAGUCUAAAGGUCUCGCUGGAAACUCUAUCGUAGUGGUAACAACCUCGAUGGUACGCGUGAUGGGAGAUCCCAUCUUCAAAACGGCUGCAGAUAACCAGAUAAAAUCGUUAGCGCAAGAUAAUAUCGUGGAUAUCAAUCUGGCGGAGGGUGCGGGGGCUUCCUCGGAUGGAGAUGAAAGUGAGAUUGCCUCAACAGGGUUUGUUUCAGUUGCCUCAAUAGGGUCGAGUAGCAGAGGUCUCACGAAAAGUCCUGCACACAGUCUAGACUGUGUUCCUACCGCAGACUCCCCUCCGGACACGAAUGAUCCUAACUUCACGACGCAAAGUUUAGACAGACGACAUAGAGGGAAGCAGCCCAGCUCGGUUCUUAUCAAGAAUCUUCGAGCAAAAAGCGCCAGUGGCAGCAUUAGUAGUGUUAGCUUACAAGAGUCCUUCAAACCAAACCUUGCUGGAGCAUCAGAACAGGGGCUAGCAGUCAGAAAACAUCAGCCUCAAUCGAGACAGGACUCAGGUUUAGGCGGGUCAAACGAAGAACACAUAGCCACCUAACUCCCCGCUUCCUCCACAAAUCUCUGUAACGCGCGGCUCCUCUUUCUGGCUCUGUUGUGACGGGUGACACUACGGAGACCACCUGUCUGUUGUGAUCGGCCGUUUCAGACUUAUUUCCACUUCCUGUACUAUUAAUUUGGCUGGUUCAAAUUCAUAAUUCAAAUGAUCUGGCUACUGUAAUAAUGACUCGUCAUGCUUUUCGUGAUGGGUUGUAAUGUGAUGUCUCUCAAAUUAUCCUCGGACUAAAAAACAAGGUGCUACUC